CUAAUUGCAACGUCACAUGUAGUAGCUCAAAGCUAAAACUACUAAUUUUAUGUUUUUGUAAUCAAAUUAAAACAAAACCAAAAUGGCUGAAAAAGUAGUAUUAGCCUAUUCUGGUGGUUUAGAUACAAGUUGUAUAUUGAAAUGGCUUCUAGAAAAAGGUUAUGAGGUAUAUUGUUUUAUGGCUGAUGUCGGUCAAAAUGAGAAUUUUUUGGUUGCUGUAGAAAAAGCUCUAAAAAUUGGCGCAAAAGAUGUUAUUAUUUCUGAUAUAAAAUCUGAUUUUGUUAAUAAUUAUAUAUGGCCGGCAAUACAAAUGGGUUUGAUAUAUGAAGAACGUUAUUUAUUGGGUACAUCAUUGGCAAGACCUUGUAUUGCAACUGAAUUAAUUAAAAUUGCAAAAAAAUUAGAUGCCAAAUACAUUUCACAUGGUGCAACUGGAAAAGGAAAUGAUCAAGUUCGUUUUGAAAUUUGCUCAAUGGCUUUACAUCCAGAAAUAAAAAUAAUUGCGCCAUGGCGUGAUGAGGAAUUUUGCAAAAAGUUUCAAGGUCGUAAAGAUUUAUUGGACUAUGCUAAAAAACAUAAUAUUCCAGUUAGUGCAACACCAAAAGAACCAUGGAGUACGGACGCAAAUAUAAUGCAUAUCAGUUAUGAAUCUGGUAUAUUAGAAAAUCCUAAAACUGUUGCACCAGAUCAUUUAUACGAAAUGACAAAAAAUUUCUCUGAGACACCAAACUAUCCAUAUCAUCUUGAAAUUCAUUUUAAUGUAGGUUUACCUACAAAAGUUAAAGACUUAAAAUGGGGUAAAACAUAUGAAAACAAUGUAGAAAUAUUAAAGUUUUUAAAUGAAAUUGGUGGUACUUAUGGAAUCGGAAGAAUUGAUAUUGUUGAAAAUCGUUAUGUUGGCUUAAAAUCACGUGGUAUUUAUGAAACUCCUGGAGCUAGUAUAUUAUUCAAAGCUCAUCAAGAUUUAGAAUUAUUUUGUUUAGAUCGUGAAGUUUAUCGUUUAAAAUCGUAUUUGCGUGAUCGUAUGGCCGAUUAUGUUUAUAACGGUUACUGGUUCAGUCCAGAAGCUGAUUAUACAAAAAAUUGUUUGAAACUUUCACAAAAAACUGUUGACGGAGUUGUUGUUAUUGAAUUACGAUCAGGUUUUUGCCGAGUUAUUGCACGUGAAUCUAAAAAAUCAUUGUAUAAUCAAGAAUUAGUUUCAAUGGAUGUUCAUGGUAAUUACAAAUCAGAAGAUGCAACAGGAUUUAUAAAUAUAAAUGCUGUACGUAUAAAGCAAUACUAUAAAACAUUUCAUAAUGAUGAUAAUUAAGUUCAAUUUUUGAUAAAAUAAAUAUAUAAAAUAAUUUGUGGAACUGAUUUUUGAAAUAAAUCUUUUACUAAUAAAAUUUCAACUACCUAUUUACUAAAUAUUUUCGCUAUUUGAGUUCCUAUUGAUUUAUUUCUCAU